AUCCACCACCGACCGUCCACAUUUGCCCACCCUGACACCUACCACACGAACCCGAACCUUUAUAACAAUGGACCUUUUCACGCCGAACUGAUUCGACCUCCACAGACUCACACAAUAUGGCAGACAUCGACGCCGCUGUUGUAAAGCUCUCCGAGCUGCUGCGGCACCCGGAGGACCUCGACAAGAUCCCCGCGCUCAAGGCAGAGUUCAUGCGCAAGAAGGCAGCCAUCGAUGGGCAAUUACGGCAUGGGCUGCGCGAGCAGCUGGAGAUCACACAGGCUGGCAUGUACAGCAUCACAGAGGGACAACGCACCGUCAAUCUCAUCAAGGAAGAGAUGAUGAAGAUUGACAAGUUAUGCACCGAGUCACAGAACAUGUUGCGCGAUUUCCCACACAUAGGACUCGUCGCGCAGACCCACAGAAAUUUCGAACAGGUGGAGAAGAUGAAGAGGGAUAUCGACACGUUUCCUGAGAGACUGGAGAAUCUGGAAUACCUGCUUGGCCAGGACGACGAAGACCCAGCCAACCAGCCAAAUCUCCUCGAGAUUCACUACGGACUCACACAAUUACGAGACAUUCGGGAUGAGGCAAUGGAACAGAUCAAGAACUCUGAAGACAGUUCCACGGAAUUGAUUGACAAUCUGCAACUGGAUUCGGGUGCUACAGUACAGGACUACUUCACGCGGUUAGAUGAUGUCGUCGAAUGGUUCGAUAAGCACAUCGGAGAAGCAUGCAUCAAUCUGAUCGAGCUGGUCCAGGCGGGCAAUGACGGAAUGGUGGUCAGGCUUGCUCUGAUUAUUGAAGAGGAGGAAAAGACGGAUAAGAAGGCAAAGGCAUUGCAGGACGCCCAACGAGAAUACAAAGAUCUUGCAUCCCGGUUCAAGUCGAUAGCAAGCGGAUCGAAAGAGUUGCGCGGAUACAAAGAGAAGUUCAUCAAGUCAAUCGAGUAUGUCUGUCAGGCAAAUAUUGAGGCCUCUAACGACGCAUUCAUGGACGAUCCGGAUCGACUAGGGAAGAGCCUCAAGUGGUACUUCGACAACCUGAAUACUGUGAAACUCGGCAUGGUGACACUGAUGCCGAAGAAAUGGAAAAUUUUCAAGACCUACAGCGACAUCUACCAUCGACAAAUGCACGACUGGUUCCUGUCGAUAGUAGAUGACCAGGACACGACUCCCCAACAUCUGCUCGCCAUCAUCAACUGGAUCGAUAAAUACUACGCCAAGAUGAAGAAGUUGGGCCUUCCAGAAGAUCAGCUGACGCCUCAUCUGAUCGAUAACCGUGGAGCCGAACUCGUGCGUGAAUACAGACAGGUCAUCAUCAAGGCCGUUGAAGAAUGGAUGGACCGAAUGGCUGCUACAGACAAAAAGAACUUCGUUGCGCGAGACGAAUCCGCGCUUGAUACGGACGAGAAUGGAUAUUUCCGUACGAAGACGCUUGGAGACAUGUGGCGCAUGCUUGCUGAGCAGCUUAGUGUGGCCGCACAGAGUGACCGGACAGACGUUGCGGAGGGCGUUAUUGAUGCCAUGUUCCGAUCGCUCUCCUCGCGCCAGCGCAUGUGGCAAACGCUGGCGGAAGAGGAGCAAACCAAGUAUGCACUGGCGUCUGCAGACCAAGACGGCCUCCAGGCUUUACAGGACUGGCUCGUCGCAAUUGCCAACGACCAGAUCGCGUGUAUCGCUGAAGAAACAGAGGAUCGCCCUUCAUACGUCACCGUCUUCGAACGAGACAUCACGCCGCUAGCUUCUCCAGCUUAUGUCUCGACAAUUACCACUCAGAUCGAAACAUUGCGCAACGGAUACGUGGAUCUGGGCACCGCAUGCAUCACCAUCUUUGCCAACCUCAUCUUCCUGGUGGACUUCCGUGCCAUCGUACCAGAGUUCUUCACACCGGCCUGGUACUCGCAGAAGCGGAUUGGCGCGAUCGUUAGCACGUUCCAGGACUACCUUGCAGACUACACCAGUGUGCUCCAUCCUUCAUUACAAGACAUUCUGAUCGAAGAACUCUCUGACCAAUUGCUGGUCGCGUACCUGUCUUCGGUGCGAAAUAAGGGCGCCAAGUUCCGCCGCGCGGACCCAUUUUCCGAUAAGAUUAGGGACGACGUGCUUACCGCGUUCCAAUUCUUUGAGCAGCAUCCGAACUACCAAGAGAUCAAGGGCCGUUGGCGCGUGGUCAGUGAGUUCGUGAAACUUCUGGAGGCGGAGAAGAGCCAGGUGCCUUUCGUCUACCAAGAUUUCAAGAUGCAAUACUGGGACGUGCAGAUAGGUUGGAUAGAGGCCGUGCUGAGAAGUCGGGACGAUUUUGAGAGGAGCAUGUUGAACGCAGUUAAAUCAAAAGCAGCAGAGGUCGAGGUGGAACGAGGGCCAGACACGAUCAUGAGUAAAGUCAAAUAAAGCAAUUGUCGUCGGGAAACGAGUUGGUAGGCGUCAUUGUCAUUUUUGGAAUUUCAUUUGGGAGCGACGCAGCGUCUGCUAUGCGCUUUGCCUACAUGCAUUCAGGUCAUUGCGUUGAAUGCUCUCAGACCAUGUACUUAUACCCUGAUUGCAAUGGCGUUUGGAUUGGGGCAAGAGAUCGACAUCAAUGAUAUCUUCUACAAGCAACCAACGCCGCGUCCUUGAUUUUGUGGCUGACAAUGGCAAGUUCGAGAUUAGGGGGCGAUAAGGGGAGAAUGGGAGAACUCACCACAUGGUAAUAAUGUACUCCGUACCUGCGUGCAGGCUAUGUGCACGCGAUUCAACCGCGCCUGAUGCUGGAGAUUCGCAAUCUCGCUGGCUCUCGUGUGCAUGUAUUUCCCUCCACAACCAACCUUCAAUGUUUCGA